GCGACAGUAGCGCCGUUGUGAAUGUUGGUGGUUGAUGUUGGUUCUAGCGUGUGAGUGAAAAGUUUUUUAAUUGCAAGUGCACGUGUUUUUCCCACUUUCCACAGCUAGUUUUUCCCGCUCUGCAUGGGCGACCCUUCCCUCUGAGUGGACACAAUCACAGGAGCACCAUGGUUCAGGCACUGGAUGAUUGCGAUGUUGGGCAAGAUUUGCCGCAGGCCAUGCAGUUGCUCGGUGAGAUGAACAAUCACGUGAAGCAGGUGUCAGAUCUUGUGGAGAAUAUGCUGCAGAAGGUGAAGAGUGGCGAAAUGUCGACUGAAUAUGGAUUGAGCUUCCUUGAAAUUAAAUAUCACAUGCUUCUCACAUAUUUAAUCAAUCUCACCUACGUCGUCCUCCGCAAAUGCUCAGGACAAACAAUCGAGAAUGAUCCCUCAAUUGAUCGCCUUAUCGAGAUCCGAACGGUGCUUGAGAAGAUUCGUCCCAUUGACCAUAAGUUGCGAUAUCAAAUAGAUAAGUUGGUGAAGACAGCACAGAAUACAACGCCCAAUUCCGGGGGGAUUUUGCGUGCAAAUUUGGGGCAUGCAGCUACGCCACUUCCGGAAGAGAGUGCACAGACACAGGAUUCGGAGGGAAGUGAAGAUGGUGAUGGGGUGGAUGAGGAGAAGAAUCGAAAACGCCCAACGAAGGCGGGUGGUAGUGGGCUGUAUGUACCGCCAAAACUCAUUCCGAUGCACUACGAGGAGGACGAAGGGAAGGCAGAUCGCAAUCGGAAGCAAAUUGAACGUGCCAAGAAGCGCUCCAUUGGGAUGGCAAUCAUUGAGGAUCUCAAGGAGGAGUAUUUGGAUACUCCUGUUGAGAUUGCGGGUACAUCGCGUGCCCAGCAGAUGCUGUCGCGGGCACAGAAGGAGAAGGAGGAGUAUGAAGAAACAUAUCUGACUCGUUUGCCAAUUACAAAGGCUGAAAAGCAUCGCCAGAGGAAGCUCACGACUCUCGGAACUCUUGGUGAUGAAUUGACACGAUUUGGUGACAUGAGUGCCCGUGAAGGUGGUUCGUCCAAGAAUAAAGCGGGAAAGCGCAAACGAAAAGGCGCUCCGAAGAAGAAAAGUGGAAAAAAGAGGAAGUUUAAGUAAACAGAAUUUCCGCACGACGUUGCAGAUCUUUGUAUUGCUUCCAAACUAUUUUUUUAAAAUAAUUAUUAAUUUUUAUUUUUUAAACAUUUCCGUUGAGUAAAAUGUUAAACUGUUUAAGUUUUUUUUCA